AUGAAUCCUGUCUCGGUAUUCAAUAUCAGAUCUCUUCUAGAUCAAGUAGCCGUCUUGUCUGCUGGAAUUAUUGCCUACCCUGAAGGCGAUCGAACUGAUCCGGUAAAGCUUAGCUAUGCCGAAUUGCGCAAUCAGGCAUUACAGAGAGCAUCCUGGCUGCAAACGCGUGAGGAAUUUCGCCCGGGGGGUGUCAUCCUUGUUCAUUUCCGGCGUCAUUUGGAUAAUAUUACAUGGUCCUGGGCCACUAUCCUAGCUGGUAGUAUUCCAACCCUAUCUCCUGCUUUGGUUAGCACAAUCGAGGGCCGUAAAGCCCAUUUCAAACAUCUACACAAUUUAUUGCAAGAUCCUUUGCUGCUCAGUCGUCGAGAUUUACUUACAGACUCGUUCGGGGAGAACGAAAUUCUACGUACUGUGGCAGUGGAGGAAUUUGAAGAUUAUGGCCUCAAAGAAACGGAAUCCGACAGUGCUACCUACAGCCAGACCAAUGGAGACGGUGAGGGUCAUGCCAACGACAGUGAUGUAGCUGUCCUCAUGCUCACUUCUGGGAGCUCUGGAAAUUGCAAGGCCGUGUGCCUGACGCACCAGCAAAUGUUUGCCUCAAUUCGUGGGAAAUUGACGGUGAUGCCUGUUAGCAAUGGCAGUUCCGUGCUCAAUUGGAUCGGUCUAGAUCACGUUGCCAGUCUAAUGGAAACACACCUUCUUUCUAUCAAUCCACUGCUAUUCCUGCGGUUGCUAUCCAAGCACAAAGUCAGCAUGACUUUCGCCCCGGACUUUUUCCUGUGCAAGCUUCUAAUGAUGUUGGAUACGACAUCCAAAGAGGCUAAGCAAGAAUUUGAUCUGAGCAAACUACUCUAUUUGGUUUCUGGCGGGGAGCCUCACAAUAUCGAUACUGAUGCGCGAGUCACAAGGCAUUUACAAAGCCUGGGAGUUUCACCAUCAGACCUCAUCACCCCGGGUUUUGUUAUGACUGAAAUUUGUGCAAGAGCCAUUUAUGAUCGCAAUUUUCCUGAUAUCGAUAUCAAGGCACAACGUGAAGAUGGUGCUCUUGGCUCCAGCAUUCCAAAAAUCGAGAUACGGAUAGCGCCUAUUGACGCAAACGAGCCCAGCCCUGGAACCCAGUCCAAUAGCGCGGACAGUGGCGCAGCUAAUGGCGCCGGCGUGCUGGAAGUGCGCAGAAGAUAG